AAAUCCACCGGUGUAUAUGAGUUUUUUGGACGAGGUUCGUCGUCGUUUGAGUGAUUUCGCUUAAAGAUAGACCGUGUUUGGACACACCAACUUUUAUCAUACUUAAUAAUAUGUAUUUACGUACACAGCUUUAUUAAUGACAAGACUAAUAAUGAGGUCAUGAACGUUACUGGACUGCAUCGCGGUUUGGAGGAGAAGUUCGAUUUGUUUUGUUCUGCAACGACAUUUGAAAGCAUAUUAGCUUGUUUUUAUGAGCUAUGUGAUGGGGUUGUUUCUAAGCCUACAAAGCAAUCUUGGAAUAUUUUCCAUGAAUUGAGUGUAAACCUCAAAUCAUACUGGAAAGCUGCUGCAUUAUUUUCAAAAUUGGAAAAACGUGUUAAAAUGAAGCAGUAUCAUCAUCAGACGUUAUGUCGAGAUAUAAAUGUGCUUGUUAUAGGAUGUGGACCAUGUGGUAUGAGAUGUGCGAUUGAAUUAGCUUUACUUGGUGCUCGUGUUAUCAUUAUCGAGAAACGUCACACAUUUUCAAGAAAUAACGUACUACAUUUAUGGCCUUAUCUCAUUGAGGAUUUAAAAGCAUUGGGGGCAAAGACAUUCUUUGGAAAAUUUUGUGCUGGUUCAAUUGAUCACAUUAGUAUACGAACACUUCAAUGUAUUUUGCUAAAAGUUGCUUUAUUAUUUGGUGUGCAAGUAUUUCCUGGCGUUACUUAUACAUCUUUAAUUGAACCAAGUUCAAGUAAAGAAUUACCGACAUUCUAUCACGACACAAAAUUAAAUGCACCUUGUUCACCACGUACAAAAUCACUUAGUAUUCCCAAUCAAAAUGGUGAGAAAAAAUAUGUAAAUAUCGACCAUAUGACUGACAACAUUAAUACAGUGAAUAAUUUUGUCAAUAAAUCUAGUGGCAAUCAUCGUCAUCACUCCCCGUUACGGCAUAAAGAUACACGUGUAUCAGAAUAUUAUGUAAAUGGUGAUAAAGAAAAGAAAGAACAUUGGCAGGAAAAUGUAAAACGAUUUGGUUGGCGAGCUAAACUAAAGCCAGAAUUAUUCGUAUUGAGAAAUUUUCAUUUUGAUGUUUUAAUCGCUGCAGAUGGUAAACGCAGUUGUCUAGGUUUCCCAUGUAAAGAACUACGAUGUCGUUUAGCUAUUGCAAUUACUGUGAAUUUUAUAAAUUAUCAUACACCAGCUGAAGCACAAGUAGAAGAGAUUAGCGGUGUUGCUCGUAUUUUCAAUCAAUCAUUUUUUUCACGUUUAGCCACAGAGACCGGUAUUGAUUUGGAGAAUAUUGUUUAUUACAAAGAUGAAACGCAUUAUUUUGUUAUGACAGCUAAAAAACAUAGUCUUUUAGCAAAAGGUGUAUUAAAACAAGAUCGAGAUGAUUCGGUCAGUUUAUUAAGUAAAAAUAAUGUGGAUAAGAAAGCUUUACAAGCGUAUGCGAAAGAAACGGCUUCAUAUGUAACCAAUGGAGCAUUGACACGUUUAGAUUUUGCAUUGAAUUCAUACGGCGAACCUGAUGUAGAUAUAUUUGAUUUUACACGAAUGUUUGCAGCAGAAUAUUCAUGUAAUAUAUUGGAAAAGAAUCAUUGUCUUUUAUUACAAUGUCUUAUUGGUGAUGGAUUAUAUGAACCAUUUUGGCCUACUGGUAGUGGCUGUGCAUUAGGCUUUAUGUCUGCACUUGAUGCUGCCUGGUCUGUUUCAUUACUUGCGUCUGGUAUGCAUCCAUUAAAAGUGAUUGCACAACGUGAAUCAGUUUAUCAACAUUUAAGUCAAACAACCGCUCAGAAUAUGCCAUCGAAUUUUCAUGAUUAUAAACUGGAUCCUAUGACAAGAUAUCAGCGUUGCGAUGUAAAUCUUAUCAGUCCAAAGCAAGUGCAGCAUUUGUACAUAAAAGAUCCUGAAGAUAUGUUAUCAACAAAACAUGGUAUUGAUUCUCCAGUAACAACCCAAGCUGCAAUACAAAAAUAUUGGAUAAAACCUGAACAUUAUGAACAGAGGAAUUUUUAUUUAAAUCCUGUUGAAAAUACUUUAAUUCGUUGGUUUCAAAUUCGAUUAAGUUCAUAUUUAAUUUGUGGUCUUAUUGAUCCAGUUAAUGAUCUUACUCCGUCAAAUUGGAUAUGUGGACGUAAUCUUCUUUGUCUUAUACAUCGUUAUCGUCCUGAAUUGUUACCGGAUUUGUUGAAUCAACUUGAGAUUGACAAAUUUGAUUAUACUGAUGGUAGUGAUAACAGAAGAAGACGACGAUCUGAUGAUCAAGCAAAUUAUUCACGAUUAACAAAUGCUUGCAGUUUGUUGUCAGAACACUUCUCGAUUAAUUUCAAUUUAAAAUCUGGUUCAUACGUGAUUCAUCCUAUUCAACACUGUCAUACUAUUGGUUAUAACCAGAAAAAAUCGAUAGUUUGUCCCAAGUCAAAUUCUGAUUGGAUAAUUUAUUUGUAUAAUAUCUACCAUGUGUUUAGUCAGUUAAAAUUGCCUAUGUCUAUAUCGACUAUAGUAUCAGCUCCUGUACUGACAAAAUCAUCUAGUGUCAUUGAUGUACAUAAAAGUCGUUUGCCAACUUAUUCUUCAUCGGAUCGAGUUAAUUUGCGUAAAACAAGUGUAUCUAAUUUUAUACCACGUUCACAGCGUAAUGAUAAUAAUAUUAAUAAACUUAUAAAUGGUCAAACAUUAACACAUUUCAACCAUACACCACGUUCACAAUCUCAUAGAGAAAAUUUAAAUGGAAUUGUUGAACGUGGACUAACAACAAAACGCAGAGAAGAACUAAUUAAUAUGUUAUGUGGUCGUCCUACUUCAGUCAGUAAACAUUCUCCAACAUUAUUGGAUAAAAAUUAUGCAGUAGAUGAAACAGCCAAUAAAAAGACAUUAUUGAAUAACAAUGAUCGAUUACAACAACAAAAUCACCAAGAUCUUCAGCUACAUCACCAUCCACAACAAAAUCUACCUGUACAAAAAGAAAAUCUAUCCAAAAGUCCAUUUUCUUCACAAAUUCGAAUUCCAGAGAAUGUGGCUCGUUUAUUUGGUCCACGCAAGGGUAGUUCAUAUUGUUAUAUAUGUCAAAAGCGUUUAUAUCAACUAGAACGUGUGCGGGUUUCUGGUUAUUACUUGCAUAAAAAUUGUUUACGAUGCUCUACUUGUGAUACCCUUUUAAAUAAAGAUUCAGUGAAAUGCGUCAGCUCAAAGAAAACAAAUGAAAAGGACUUAUUUUACUGUCAUUUACAUGUACCAUUGGAAAAUGGACUUAAUGAACGUAAAGUUGAUUUAAUUGAAUCACGAUAUAAUAAAUCAGAAGCUUCUUUAAAAGCUCGAUUACAAGCUGGUCAAUUUCCAUUUGGACCAUCAUCAGCUAAAGAUAUUAAUUUAAUAAAUGGUGGAAGUAGUCCUGUGAAAUUGAAUGGAUUAAACACUAAUGCUGCAUCCCACACACCAUAUACAAAACUAGAUUUACAAAUGCAUCGAAAAAGUCCAUUGAAUAGUUGUGAUUAUCAGAAAGGCGGACGAUCAGAUAUUCACGGUGCUGGUCGAUCGGCUAUUUUAGCUGGUUUAAACAAUGAUUCGGAUCAAGUAAUGGGCAUUGUCAAUAUAGCAAAACCAUUAGACAUUCUUCUACGCAAUCAUCAUCAUCCAUUGGACGAUUCGAAAUCACCAACAAGUCACAAUAAUAAUCAUAAUAUUCGUCCACGUACAAAACGGAAGAAAUUAAACAAAGAAACUGACAGUGAUAUUUCAGGCGAUUAUGUUGGGGUUUAUCAAACUUCUUUAUCGUCGCAUCGAUCUAUAGGUAUUCGUGAUGAUUUCGCACCUGGACCAGAUUGUUGUCUCACGGGACAUCUAGGUUUACCAGAAGUAGUACGUAGAGCUAAUGUAGAAUUAAACACAUCUACAAUUUGGCCUGAAUCUACUAUCAGUCAUGUAGUAGAUCAUAUGAGAAGCAAUCGUGUGAACCUGCUUGGUACAGAUGAAUAUUUUGCAUCAAGUGAGUCAGAAUCUCAAUGCUCAUUUUCAUAUGACCACAAGAUUUAUUCACCUGAAAUAGAUGCACGUGAUUCUACCAAAAGAAUGAAUCAGGAAAAUACAGAUUUAUGGAUUUUAAAAUCAACUGGAUCAUCUGCAUCUUCAGCUGCUCUUUCUCCGACAGAUCCUCAAAAUCUCAAAUCCAAUGUGCAUUCUGAUUCACAAAAACCAAUGGAAGCGAGUAUAAGUGAUCCUUCUUUAUGUACUGACAAUUUAAAUAAUAUUCAGUCUAAAAUACCUCCACCAUUUUCAUCUCCAUCUCAUCAGUCACGGCUAGCUGCGAAACAACGUUUCUGUCUAGAACCUCCUAAACCUUUAACAAUUGAUCCUUUACGAUUCAUUGGUUCAAGGAACCAAGAACGAACGCUCAUAUGUGCAUUGGAUGAUUGUUCUGAAGCUGUAGAACCUAUUAAAAGCCCAAUCAUUUCUACAGCAAACGUAUGGCCGAUAUGUAACACAGCAGAACUCAAAUCAGUAGACUUGCCAUCCAAAGUUUUAUAUGAAGAACCACUAACUCAAUCUCCAUAUGAAUGCAAUAGAGUCACAACAGAUUAUGAAAAUAGUACUUAUGAAACUGACUCAGGAGAUUGGCUUGACAGUGACGCGUGCAAAUACACCAAAAUUGAAGGAGUACCAUUAGCUACUCCUGAGGAUGUUAAAGAUGCAGAAUCUUCAAGUAUCCUUAAUGAACCGCAUUUUUAUGAAACAAUUACAUCAAGGCACCUCAAUCGCUCCUCAUCGUUACAUUGCCGUCUUCCAAGUGAUUAUCAAUUUGUGGCUAUAACUAGGAAGAAAAAGUCUAGUGUCCGAAUAAAUAGUUGGAAUUCCGAUGCAUCAAUUUCUAAUCCUCCAUCAAUUAUUCAAACAUCAAUGAGUUCACCUUUAAUUCGAUCUACUGAACAUCUUAGCUGGGCUAAAAUUAAACAGAUUACUGUUAAAGAAGAGUUCGAAACUACACAAAUCUCGAAGUCAUCCAAUCUAGCUAAGUUGUAUGAAAAACAAAAACAUGUAUGCAGCGAAUUAGAUGAUAGAUAUGAACGGGAAUAUUUCAUUGAUCCAAAGAUACUUGUUAAAAGUCUCAGUAAGUGGGGCCUUUUCGAAAAUGAUAAUCAAGAUACAUCUAGUACAAGUAGUGCAGACCUUACUUCACAACCCAUAAUUCUACCGAAACCUGACAGUAUUCAGCAAUUUCAUGGAAAACUUUACGACGUUAAAAUAACAAAUACUCGAGACAAUCGUUUAAAUCGAGAUUUGAUUAAAUCUCGUAAAACGACCAAUUUCACCCGAUCUCAUCCAAACGGAGAAUCCAGAUCUUUAGAUAGAAUGAAUUCAAACCCUUUAAAGAUAGUAUAUCAAACGAGGCAAAUUGACAAUACAAUAUAUCCUCAUGUCAUUCCUGUUAUGUCUGAAAGUCCCGUUAUCUUGAAGACUUCCCUGAAGGGAGCAAUCAGAAGUAAUCCUAAGUCAGCAUCUAGGAGACGAUCUACAGUAAGUCCAGAUAGUGAAGGCGUAUAUGUGUUUCGAAUUGUUGGGGAACCAGGAACAUCCAACUUAAAACCUGUAUUUAACCAAACACCCACCAGCUUGAAUAUUCAGAAGCAUGUAAGUGAGAAAACAAUUAUUAUGGGCAGUGACGCAGGUGGGAGUGAUAGAGUUUUGGUUUGACUCAUUUAAGAUUAAAGGACAUACCGGUCUUGAACUCCGAACUAUGCUUUCGAUAUAAAUGAACCUGAGCGCUUUCCAAAUACUAGUCCAAUAUUUCCGGACCGAUAUAUAUUUCACAAUAGGAACUUUUUAUCACGGUUCUUGUCCCUGUUUGGCUAUAUAUAUAAUCAGGCACUUCCGGACCCAGAGCUUCAUGUUGAAGAUAUGUGGAGUGUUAUUACAACUGAUACCAUUUCUUUCUUUUCUCUAUUAUUGAGUGUAAUUCUUUUACGCAAGUACAUAUUAUAUGACAGACUAAAUAAUCUUUGCAGAAUUUCUUCUGCUUAUUUAUAAUUUUACUCAAUAUCCGACCACAUAUUGCGUUUUUCAGUAAAAUAAUUUAUGAUUUAUAAGUUGCUUUUAUUCCCACAUAUUGGUUAGUAAUAAACUGGAUAUACUCAGAUUAUGUGUAGGAUGUGAAGCUGGUUGUUUGUCAGUUGUGUUUCUACUUUUUUAUGAUGAUAAAUUUUAAAAACGGAAUGAAGUUUGUGAAGUACUAAAGAAAUAACAGGUU